UCAAUAGGAAGUAGAAGUAUUGCUUUUUUUGAUUCCGCUCCUACUAGUUUUGUUUUUUUUAUUUCUUCUGCAGAAGCGGACACAACAGCGCACCGGGGCAAAGCAGCCCAGAGAAGGAGGAGAACAUUCCGAAAUGAUUUGCGAUCGGAGGACUGUUCACUCUGCUGGCAUUUGGUGCUUGUGAUCGCCAUCUCGUUCAGGAGAUAACGCAUUUCAGCACUUUCCCCAUCAUCGUUAUCUCCACUGAAAUCUCUAUUGUCUGAACCCGGGGGGUCACGAGACGUCACGAUUUUUCCUUUUUUCUAUCCAUCCAUCCAUCCAUCCAUCCCAAAAGUCGAUUAUCCCAGGGGGAAAUAAUCGGAUCGACUAAUUUAAGUUGAUAGACAGAUUUCAAAUAGAAUAAACCCAGCAGCUGAUUUGUGUCUGAAUACCAUAUCUAUAUAUAAAAAAAAUCAAAAUCAAAAAAAGGAUGUUGCAUGAAAGAAACCAAGGAAAAACACACGAGUAGUGGGAAAGAGUUGGAGUGAGGACUUCCAGACCAUCAGGACUUUUUCUUGUUUUUUUUUUUGGACCUGUCAGCAUAUAACGGUCCUGUAAAAAAAUUGAACAUUUUAACACCCACCCCUAAAUAAAACCUAAUAAAAUCAUAUAAAAAUGAUGCUAAGUCCAGACCAGACGGACCCUGAGCUGCCGUGGAGCCACUCGGAUGCGGAGAGUGUGUUGAGCGACAUGAAGGCCGGGUGCAUGUCGGAGGAUCUGAGCACAGACGCCGAGGGCAAAUCCAAAGCCCUCGCGCCGCAGCCGCUCACGCGCGAGGAGAAGCGACGGCGCAGGCGCGCCACCGCCAAGUACCGCUCGGCGCACGCGACCCGAGAGCGCAUCCGCGUCGAGGCGUUCAACGUGGCGUUCGGCGAGCUGCGCAAGCUGCUGCCCACCCUGCCCCCUGACAAGAAGCUCUCCAAGAUCGAGAUCCUGAGACUGGCUAUUUGUUACAUCUCCUAUCUCAAUCACGUGUUGGACGUUUGAAUGGACACGUUUUUUUUUUUUUAAACAUUAAAUGAAAAAAAAAAGAUAUUGAGAUGUUGAUAUAGGCUAUAGGUAACCUUCUCACUCUGCAAAGUGUUAGACAGACUUUAGAUAUUUAGGCUUUUCUGAAGGUUUUCAUUUGAACGCUAUGUAAUGCCCCUUUACACAUAUGGUGACCCUCCAAGAGUCGUGCACCAUUAAAAAACAACCAGACUGCUGUCCCUGCUGAAGGCUAGACAUCGAGACUGAGAUGCAAUAACGCCUAAAGGGACUUUAAAAUAAUCUUACAACAGUGUAGAACAAGUGGAGAGAGCAGUAGAUAGACCACCAGUUGCACUGAGAUUGAAAAAACAAGCAAGACUGGGGGUCCGUUUAGCCACUUUGGAGCUCUAACAUUGUUUUAUAUUGAAAAAAUAAAUAUAUAUAUAAAACAAACGAAGUACAUACAAGUGCCACUUAGAACUAUUUUUAUUUAUUUAUUUAUUUAUUUAUUUAUUUAUUUAUUUAUUUAUUUAUUUAUUUAUUUAUCUAUUUAUCUAUUUAUUUACACGUUUUUUACUUUUCAAAUAUGUAUUGAUUUAUUCACUUAUUUAUUUGUUUUGGUUUUAUAGUCGCAAUAGUAUUUUUUAAUAUGUACAUUAAUGCUGGGUGUUUGUAAUGUAGGCUAUCUGUGAACGACGUUACCAUACAGUAUGUGUUAGACUGUGAGGUUCCAAUUUUCACACCCAUACA